CUGUGGCGGCGGGCGCUGCCCCGGAUGCCGCUGUCCGCGGCGGGCGCUGCCCCGGUUGUUGAUCGCGGCUGCCGGAAGCCGACGUGGCGGCGGCGCGGCGCGGCCUCGGCGGAGCCGCCGGCCGGCAUGAGGGGCUGCGGGCUGCCGCCGCCGAGCCCGGCCCCCCGGAGGGGCUGCGGGCUCCGGCCGCCCUGCCCGGCCCCGGCACUCCUCUGCGGGCUCCUGGCGGCCGUGGCGGCGGUGGCCGAGGGCGGCCGAACGCUCCCGCAGCUCAGCGACGACAUCCCGUUCAGGGUGAACUGGCCGGGCACCGAGCUCAGCCUGCCGACCACUGGUGUCUUGUACAAGGAGGACAAUUAUAUCAUCAUGACCACCGUGGAUAAAGAGAAGUACAAGUGUCUCCUGCCUUUGAUAGCCAGUGGCAACGAGGAAGAAGAAAAGGACUAUAAAGGUCCUACUCCAAGGGAACUGCUGGAGCCUCUCUUUAAGCAAAGCAGCUGUUCCUAUAGAAUUGAAUCUUACUGGACUUACGAGGUCUGCCAUGGGAAACACAUCCGUCAGUACCAUGAGGAGAAGGAAACGGGGCAGAAAAUAAACAUCCAAGAAUACUACCUGGGGAAUAUGAUAAUGAAGAACCCGUUGUCAGAACCAGAUCAAGAAGAGAAGGAAAAUUCCAAAGAUGGUGCAAAAGAGAUCCCCACAAAAAACAUCGAAGGGCAGAUGACACCCUACUACCCCGUGGAGCUGGGCAAUGGCACUCCCUGCAGCCUGAGGCAGAACCUGCCCAGGUCCAGCACAGUGAUGUACAUCUGCCACCCCGAGGCCAAGCACGAGAUCCUCUCCGUAGCAGAAGUCACCACCUGUGAAUACGAGGUGGUGAUCCUGACCCCGCUGCUGUGCAACCACCCCAAAUACAGGUUCAGAGCUUCCCCUGUGAAUGACAUCUUCUGCCAGUCCCUGCCAGGAUCCCCACUUAAACCCCACAACUUGGAACAGCUGGAGAAACAGCAGGAAAUGCUGAAGAUGCCUUUUAGGAGGGUUAAGGAGGAAGAAAUGCCUUCAACGAAAGAAGAGAAAUUCUCUUCUAUCCACAAGCCUGUGGCUGUUGGGAGCCACCAGCUGUUAACAGUGGGGACAACCCACAUCUCCAAACUGACUGAUGAGCAGCUCAUCAAGGAAUUCCUCAGUGGUUCCUACUGCUUCCAUGGGGGCGUUGGCUGGUGGAAAUACGAAUUCUGCUACGGCAAAUACGUCCACCAGUACCACGAGGAUAAGGAAAGUGGCAAGACCUCUGUGGUGGUGGGUACGUGGAGCAAAGAGGAGCACAUCGAGUGGUCAAGGAAGAACGCAGCCAGGACCUUCUACCUGCGAGAGGAUGGCACCCAGACAGUCAGGAUGGUGUCUCAUUUCUAUGGAAAUGGAGAUGUUUGUGACUUGACAGACAAGCCAAGGCAGGUGACUGUGAAAUUGAAAUGUAAAGAAUCAGACUCUCCUCAUGCUGUGACCAUUUACAUGUUGGAGCCUCAUUCUUGCCAAUACAUCCUUGGGGUGGAGUCUCCAGUCAUCUGUAAAAUCCUGGAUACAGCAGAUGAAUACGGGCUCCUCUCGGUGCCCAGCUGAGGACAGCAAAGCCCCCAAGGCCAAAUCAUGGCAUUCUCAUGGGAACAGUGUCUGUGAGCUGACAAAGGCCUCACCAGCACAGCUCUCCAAGCUGAGGGACUUGUGAACCACUUUGUGUAUAACUAUGUGUAUAUAAGAGCUUAUUGAUAAACUUUUAAUGAUUAAAACCUUGUCUUGCACUUCC